CAUGGAUUUGUUUUUAAGCCAUGUGCGUUGCGUUACCGCCCACUUUUCUGACACCACACGCCCAAAAACUUGAUUUGCAGGACGAGUAGGACAAGAGCCUACUGAAAAGAACCGAUACUGAACUGCAGCUCAGCACGUGUGGCCCUGGUGAAAUCAUGUCUGAGGCCUUUCUGAAAGCAGCAGAGGAGGUAAAGGUGCUAAAACAGACCCCGAACAGGCAAGAAAUAUCUUCUCUGUACGGACUAUACAAGCAAGCCACAGUGGGAGACAUUGACAUUGAUGCGCCGGGAAUGUUUAGCUUUGUGGCAAAAGAAAAAUGGAACGCAUGGAACGCAAAGAAAGGACUCUCUAAAGAAGACGCUGAAGUUGAGUAUAUAAAGGUGGUGGAAUCACUGAAGGAAAAAUACGGCAUAUAAAUGUUUUUAUUAGGAAAUGUAUUAUCUACUUUCAAUAAUAACGUGG